AUGCUCCUCUCUCCCCUGGUCCUGUUGGCGUCGACCGUGUCCGCGGUCGCCAGCCGCAACCCGCACCCCCACAACAGCCAUCACCGCUCGCGCCGUGGACCUUCCUCUGGCGACAUCGGGUUUGAUGACGAUGCGCCAGCCGGAGGCUUCCGCGUCAUUGGUGACUCUGGUGUCUCUGCACAGAUGAUGUUCCUCGGCACCAAGAAUACCGUCUUCAUCUUGGAUAAGACGGAGAACAACAAGAUGACCUUGACAACCAACGGUAUCACCCACCCCGCUUGGGGUACCUCGUUUGACCUUCGCACCAACAAAGCAACUGCAAUGGAGGUCACCUCGAAUUCCUUCUGUGCAGGUGGCUUCAACCUUGGUGACGGGUCUUUUGGCACAUGGGGUGGCAAUCAGCCCGUCACGUACAAUGGUGAGGCGGUCAACGACAAGGUUAAGAACCCCUCUGGCGCCAACCCCUUCACCAACGCGGACGGCGGCCGUGCCGUCCGCGUCAUCACUCCCUGCGACGACGGUAACUGCGGCUGGCAGGAGGGUGGUGACGCCCUGACCAUGGCCAAGAAGCGCUGGUACCCGACCAUCGAAGCCCUCGCCGAGGGUAACGUCAUGGUCAUCGGCGGCGACGAGAACGGCGGUUACGUUAGCACCUUUGCGCAGAACACGCCAUCGUGGGAGUACUGGCCAAAGCAGGAGUCUGGUGCCAUCGACAUGGCGUUCCUCAACGACACUGUACCCGUUAACCUCUUCCCUCUCACUUGGCUCCUCCCCAGCGGCAAGGUCUUCCUCCAGGCUGCUUACCGCACCAUCCUCUACGACAUUGCCACACGCACCGAGCACAACCUCGUUGACAUGCCCUACGCUCAGCGCAUCUACCCUGCGUCGGGCGCUGCGGUUAUGCUCCCUCUUACCCCUGCCAACGGUUACUCGGCCGAGCUUCUUUUCUGUGGCGGUUCAAACAUUGACCUGAGUAACUCGACUGACGGCGGCGCUGGCUUCGACGUCACAAAGGUCCCUGCCGACAACACGUGCGUUCGCAUUCGUCCCGACGACGAGAGCCCUGUGUACACCGACGACGACAACCUUCCGGAGAACCGGUGCAUGGGCCAGCUCAUUUACCUCCCCGAUGGCACCAUGUGGAUGGGCAAUGGUGUUGGCAUGGGCACUGCUGGUUACGGCAACAACAACUUCUCCAUCGGCCAGAGCUACGGCCAGGAGCCGCUCUACAUGCCCGCUGUCUAUGACCCCAACGCUCCUGCUGGCAAGCGCUUUUCCCGCGACGGCCUCACUGCUUCGACCGAGGAGCGCAUGUACCACUCGACGGCCAUUCUUCUGGCCGACAGCUCCGUCCUCAUCUCGGGCAGCAACCCCAACGCCGACGUCACGGAUGUCCAGUGGGGCACCAAGUACAGCGUCGAGAAGUGGUACCCCACUUGGUACAACCAGAAGCGGCCCGAGGCCAGCGGCUUCCCCAAGUCUCUGUCUUACGGCGGCGACUCUUGGAACGUUUCCUUCACGGACACGACGGCUGACCCCGGCAAGGUCAAGGUCGUCGUCAUCCGCACUGGAUUCAGCACCCACGCCAUGAACAUGGGCCAGCGCUACCUCGAGCUCGAGACUUCGUUCUCGCAUGACGUAGAGUCUGGCGAGAUCACCAUGAUCGUCUCACAGAUGCCUCCCAACCCCAACGUCUUCCAGCCUGGUGCUGCGAUGAUCUUCCUGGUUGUCGAUGGUAUUCCUUCCAUGGGCGAGAUGGUCAUGAUCGGCAAUGGCAAGAUUGGCACGCAGCCCAUCGCAGCCAAGACCACUCUUCCGCAGCCCGUCGUUAUCGCCCCAAGCCAGGCCUCGGUCGACAACAACGCCAACAUUACCGAGUCGGAGAACAAGCAUGGCGUUCCAGACCAUGGCUCGGCCGCCAAGAAGCCAUCGUCGGCCUCUAGCCUGGCCACCCCCCUGCUCAGCCUGGUUGCGGGCCUCAUGACCUCCCUUGUUUGGAUGUAA